AUGCUGAUAUUGGGAAUGUUCGUUGCCUACUGGGACACCCCCAUAGUGAGAGCCAACAACCGGAGCCUGAGCUUCCUCCUCCUUGUCUCCAUCAAGCUGAGCUUCCUCAGUGUGUUUCUGUUCCUCGGUCGCCCUGUGGAUAUAACCUGCAUGCUGCGCAUCAUCACUUUUGGAAUCACCUUCUCCAUAGCUGUCUCUUCUCUCCUGGCCAAGACUAUCAUGGUUUGUGUUGCUUUCAAAGCCACCAAGCCAGGGAGCUCAUGGAGAAAAUGGCUGGGAGUCAAACUGUCCAAUUCUGUAGUCUUGUUCUGCUCAUCCAUUCAAAUAAUCAUCUGCAUGACUUGGUUGGCCAUUUCUCCUCCCUUUCAGGAACUGGACAUUCACACUUCCCCUGGAACCAUCAUCAUUCAGUGCAAUGAGGGCUCAGCUAUUGGCUUUUACUCAGUUAUUGGGUAUAUGGGGCUUCUGGCAGCUGUUAGUUUUGUUUUAGCAUUUUUAGCUCGGAGCUUACCGGACAGUUUUAAUGAGGCCAAGUACAUC